UGUGCUAAAACAUCUUUACCACAAUCCACGUAUCGUGUCCUCUACAACACCUUGAUAAAGAGACUUGCAUAUCUUUAAAGGAUUCUAUUCCAUUUUCUUCCAGUCUGUUUGCGUACGUUUUUCCUGAUCGAGUCAAGUGGAUGGAGAUAUUUUUUAUUUCUCUGAACAAAAAUCCACAACUUUUCGAGGAAAUUUGAUGGACUAUUGUUCAAGUAUAUCACAUAUCGUGAAAUGAUCAUUCAAUAUUCUAUAUAGAUAUUCUCGUAACAUUGUUUAAAAGCAAAUCAUUGUUUUUGCCUCAGGUCAUUCGUUGUACGCUCGGCAGACGACAGUUAGUAAUCAGACGAAAUAUUCGCGCCUCACGCCGCUUGUGUACCUUAGGGGUGUUUUCAGUAGCGCGCAGACGACAUAUUCGUACAGUUAUUUAACUGUCAGUCAAUCAAGUGGCCCGGCCUCGUUUUGGGGUUUUGUUUUUGUUGUGGUGUGCUGGAAAGACUCUUAUGUAGUCCGACUCCCGGGUACUUAGAUACUCUGACAGGUCUCGGAUACUAUACAACUCAUACACGACUUUCUACCCAGAGGAAACUUACAGAGAAAAUUAUUUCCUGAAGAAAUAAUAUCAGCGGACAAGUACAGCAUUGAGUGCACAUGGGUGUUUGUUUACGAAUUCUAAAUGUAUAACUUUCCAAGAAAGAAAAAUUGAUUUUUUUACCUUUUUUACACGUGAAAACGUCUUAUUAAAACCAGACCAAAUGAAAAUCAUGUCAACAUCCAGCGGGAUAAGUGAUUCGGAGGAUAGUUGCAAGGACCAAUACGAACCGAUACGGAAACUGGCGAUGGUGCAACUUCAGCCUCCAAGAAAUCCGAACAAACCAUUCACGUCAUUUGCAAUCAAGGAUAUUCUAGGUUCUAGCAAUAAUAAUAACAAUAAUAAUGUGCAACAUAGAAAUUUACAUUUUAAUAAUGCUAUAAAUUCAAGGAUCGUACGGCCCUGGGAUACUCGAUCCAGUCCAGGUAGAGAUUCAGAACUUUCAUCAGAUGCUGAAGAAGAGGAAAUCAAUGUCGAUGAUGAUGAUCAAAUCCCAAGCUUGAAAACAGUAUCUCCUCUUGAUGCUUUGAUGGAAAUGGCAAAUAAAACAUUCGAGGGAUUAGAAACGGCAGAUGCUGCAGAUGCCAAAAGACGUGAACAAGCUGCAUUGUUUGGGAAACACCAACCUCCAAAGAAGAGGAGAAAAUCAAGAACGGCUUUCACAAACCAACAAAUAUAUGAACUAGAAAAGAGGUUUUUGUACCAGAAGUAUUUAACACCCGCUGAUAGAGACGAAAUUGCUCAAACUCUUGGUUUGACAAAUGCACAAGUUAUAACAUGGUUCCAGAACAGGCGUGCAAAACUUAAACGUGAUCUCGAAGAGCUUAAAAAUGACGUCGUUCAUUCAAACAUUGACUGUACCGAGGACACCGAUCGGCGAGAUAGUGACUUGGACAGUGAAUCAGAACCUUCUCCAGCAAAAUUAUCCAAGAGUUGCUUGGACAGUGAUCAGGACAAUUCCGAAAAGGAAAACACGUGUUUAUCGGAUAGGGAAAAUAACAAUAAUUCUGACACAGAACAUGAAGCAGUGAUGUCAUAGCUAAGAUGAAAAAAUGUAUUUAAUGUGAUAAUGUUCGUCCCAUGUUUAGUCUCUUACAUGGUUGAUAUAUUCUAAAUAUAUAUUGAUCGUGCAAGUGACUAUGGCAACCUAUAUUAUAUCCUGUCUCUAUAAGAGAUACAACCAAAGGGUAAAACCCGCCUUUAUAGACUAUGACGUAGCAUUACGUCAUAAUCCUUUACGACGUCUUGUGCUUGCAAUCCUUGCAUAUACAUUAAACACCUUCAUCGUUGCCAGUGUAUAUUGAUCGUCGGUCCAAUUGGCCUCGCUUGGAAGGCAUCUAAGCGUUUCUUUAACCUUGAUUUGUCGGGUGUCAGUGACUAUUAUUGUAUACAGCACCACCUCUUGUAUAGAUAAAGGAUAUAUGUAGUAUGAUAAUUACACGUUCGUUAGUCCCCCGUUAAUAUAACGCGUUAUUUUCCCUUGAAAACAGACGCUGUGUGUUCAGGUUCGUUAAAUGACAUAGGUAAUAACUAUGUAUUCUUGGAUUGAACAAACUUCCGUACCAUAUUUGAAUCAGUUGUAUUAUUAUAAAUCUGUCUUUAACUUCGAAAUUUCUGAUUACACGCUAAUUUUGAUCAAUAUAUUUAGCGUACACAGCGCAUAAGUGAGUAAGCGCGUCAAUCAAAAGUACAAUCAUCAUUUGGCACAAUAGUUUAAAUGCGAAAAGAGUAGAAAUAAGUCAUCACUUGAAACAUUGAACUGAUCCUUCAAUGACUAUUUCAUCUUCUCAAUACUCGCCCGAAUGUCUGUAUGAACAACUGACGAUAAUCUAUGAAUUACGAUAAAUUUACAAAUGCUGAUUAGAGAACCUGGCUGUCAAUCUAUUUUCCCGCACCAGUCUCGAACUCCAAAUUCUUAUAUUUUGUUUUGCAGAAAAUAUGCCUCACAUAUAUGAGAAUAAAAAUAGUUACAUUGUUCAAGUGAAAAUACUUUUUUUUUCUUUUAAAUUAUUCUUACCUCAUGAAAAAUUCUGUUUGAACAUAAUCAUCGUUUUUUUUAAUCGAUUGCACAGUAUUUAAAAUUUUACUACCGAAUAAUUUGAUUGCGGAAUAAAACAUCUAUUCAUUAUAAAUGCGGAGUUUUAAAGUCAAUUAUAAACAGUAUUAUUUGUAUUAUGCAUUUUUUCUGCAUUGUCCUUUCUGCCUUAAGAAACAACAUCUGAAACAAUUUGAUAUCGCAAAAGGAAUAAAUGUACUACGUGUAAUUCAUUGUAAUUAUCGAACAUCCUUUACGAAAUGAUAUGUUAAUAUUCUAAAGUUUAAUCAAGAUAGUACUCAUGAUAGCAUUAUGAAUCUGUACGUUUUAUUUGAAUUUGCGCUGGUAUAUUUAAUAUAUCUUAUAAGAUAUUUUUUUUGUUCAGAUCCCAACCAGAAUUGUUUUCAAGAGAAUAUUAUACAGUUUUGUAAUUUAUAUUUAUUUCAAAAGUAAUAAUAGAAUCAUGUACAUGUCAUAAUAUAUAGUAAGGUCUUGGUCAAACUCUACCAACAUAUUCAUCAAUAUUUAUUCCACCUCAGGGUUUUAUACAUGAUAAUAAUGCUGCAACAAAGUAUAAACAAUAGCACCAUUUUAUGUGUUACUUUGGCAUUAACCUAAAGAAUAACAUUAAUACUGAACGCUAAUGCGUUUCUGAUUGCUAAAUUAUCUAAUACAGAAUGUUGCUAAAACGAGCAGAUAUAAUAUAACAUAUAUCUGUAAAAUAACCUAUGACACAGUUAUAGAACUUUGUUCUUUUCUCAUCUGUAACUCAUUUCGUAUUCCAUUCGUGGUAAGAGUGAUAAGACUAAUGCCAUUGUUUAUCAGACAAGAAAUUAUAAGCAUUUUUAGCAGAGUACUACGACCUUAUUUACAGUUAUCCAAGCGUUUCACCAUCACCAACAUUAUCUUGUCUUUCUACAAUUUUACCUCAGACAGUUUCUUUAAUUCGUCAUGGAUAUAUAAUACUGUAUAUUACUUUGCUUCAUCCAUACCGAAAUAUCGCUUCCUCUUUCUCUAUGGCUUUGAGUACGGUGUCAUACAUGUACAGAACAUAUGUUUAAAUUGGGAUUUAGAAAUCGCAAUACAUUUCUGUCGUCGCUGAUUGUCAAUGUUGAAUUCCUUAACGUUGUUAGAGCUGUGACAAUAAACUUAUUUGUAAGAUGAUAUCAGAAGAAAAUUGCAAUAUUCGCCCACGAUCAGAUGUGACAGAAUUUCAAAUGUUAAAAUGCAUAGGCCAUUUAGAAAAAACCGUGAGAGUAGUAUAUAUUUUCAAUAAAAGUACACUCAUGCGUCAUUUCAGAAUAAAUAAAACAAAUUAUUUUCCCGCUAUUUCACUUACAUGUUUGAAUUAUGUAGUCUAGUUUGUUUAAUAAAAACAUUCAAACAGAAAUACGAAACUAAUUGAUGUAGCCUUGAAAACUAUUGGGAACCAGCAUAACUGUAAUAAAACGGGCAAUGCCACCAUUUCCCACAGGAACGAAAUGUCGUCAAAAUGUAGUUAAACAAUUAUUUACAAGCCUUCUAAAGACACACAGGCAUGUAAUUAAAUAAAGUUACAACUUAUCAUUAUCCGUCUUAUUUUAACAACGGCAUAUGUUAAACAAAACAUAGUAAAAUGUUAUGUUUCGCUUCCAUUUCCACUGUUUAAAUCAUCUGUCAUUGUAUUUUUGUCUGUGUUCUCUUUAUCUCUGCCCUCUUAUUAUCCCGAACUUCAUUCAAAUCGUCGUCGUCAGCUAUCGUCACCCUUAUAUUCAGUAUGGCGCUGGAUGCUGUAUCCAGACUUUUAUGUGUUACUGAGAGCACCUGGUUAUGGUUAUCAAAAGUUUAGUAAACGAAAGACGAGAGAUGGUAUUCAGUAUUUAGAUAAAGAAACCCUGUUCGAUUAACACCGACUCGAACUUUUCAUUGAUAAUUAGGCCAGACCUAUCAAUACAUACUGCUGUAGUUCGAAAGAUUAAUUAACAAUGCUUCCCAGUGGGGUAUAGGUCAUGUCUAAGUAAAUAUAUAAGUAAUUAUUUAAAACUUCAUCAAAUGAUUAUUUUAUAACUUAAUUUUAUGAAGUUGAAAUUUAGAAUGAUAAUAACAAUGGGGAAAGACGUGUAUUGGAAUACAAGGGGAAAAGUUUAACUCUAGUUGGAUUUUCAUAUGUGAUAUUAUGUAACUGAAAUAGAAAAUUCAAUAGAUUAUUUAAAUAGAAUUAUUGUAUUUAUGUUAAACUGACCAAUCUUUACACAGCCAUAUCCAAAUGUUAUCAUCUGCAUAUUAUGAAAUUUUGAAAUUGUAAAUUCACCAUUAAAAUAUGUUAUUUACAAAUGUAAAUUAAAUGAUUUUAUCUGUA